AGCCGAAAGUUUUAUUUAUUUUCUGUUAAACAAAGUAGGUAACGAGAUUUGUGUAUCUAAGGAUUUAAAAACAAUUGACGUAAUUCAAUUCAAAUGUAACAAGCGUUGCAGUUAGACGAAUUAUAUAUUUUUGAUUUUUAUUUUUUUCAUAUUUUUACAAUAAUGGCGGACGCCAAGGAAGCCAAGAAAAGGGAAAAAGCAGAAGCGAAGGCGAAGGCUAAAGAAGAAACUAAAAACCUGAAAAUUUUCUUUCAAUACAUCGUUGGAGUUAUAAUUUGCCUCGGCGGUUUUGUGGCAGGAACAGCAAUCGGUUGGUCUUCGCCGGCUAAUGGCAUUUUAAAAAAAGAGGGCGGAAUUACGGAUGGAGAAUUUGCCUGGAUUUCCAGUCUUUUUGCGCUUGGUGCAGCGCUCUCGCAACUUCUCGUUGUGGUACUCGUUAAAUGUUUAGGUCUGAAAUGGUGCAUCGUUGUGACACAUGUCAUACUCAUCUGCGGAUGGAUUCCCUUGACGCUGAGUAUGAAUUUCUGGGUGCAGAUCACGGGGCGCUUGGUUUGUGGAAUUGCAGGCGCUUUCUGUGUUGCGUGCCCCAUGUAUCUUGGUGAAUCAACACACAAGAGUCAUCGAGGAACUAUCGGUGUCUUUUUUCAGUUGUUCAUUACACUUGGAAUUUUAGUUGCGUACAUUGCGGGUAUUGCCAAGAACAUGAUCAUUCUAAAUGUCACGUGCGGGGCAGGGUGCGUUUUAGCAAUUAUUUUGAUGAUUUUAUUCAUACCAGAAUCACCUUACGCUUUGUUGAAGCGUAACAAACUUGAGAAGUAUGAGAAAGUGAUGAAGAAACUGCGUGGCAAGGAAUUUGAUUACAGCAAAGAACAGGCUGAAAUGCAGGCGGCCAUUGAAUCAAAAGAAUCUGUGAAAGAAGGUUUUAAACAACCUGUUAAUUUAAAAGCGUUCGGGGUUUUGCUAGGAUUACACAUGUUACAACAAUUAAGUGGAAUCAACGCAAUUUUGUACCAUGCGCAUGCAAUCUUUAGCGCUUCAAACACUAACAUCAGUGAAGAUCUUUCGGUUAUCAUUGUUGGAAUAGCCCAAGUAUUGCUUUGCCUAGUCGCUGCUGCUUGUGUCGAUCGUGCCGGAAGGAUAAUGCUAUUCGCCAUUUCCGUGGGUAUAAUGUGCCUUUGUCUUGUGCUGACCGGGUUUUAUUUUAUGGUGGACAAAGAAACACAGGAAACUUUAGCCAUGAUCCCAACGAUUGCUCUUGUGGUGUAUAUUAUGGGCUUUUCGCUGGGAGCCGGACCAUUGCCGUGGCUUAUGUUUGGAGAGUAUCUGCCCAGCAGUGUGAAAACUGUGAUGAGUACGAUUAUUGCGUUUGUUAACUGGAUGUUAGCGUUUGGCACCUCUUGGGUCAUGCCAGUUAUGAUGGCUAGUAUAAAUCCGGCAUACAUUUUCUAUGGUUUUGGAACGAUUUGCUUUUUGGGAAUAUUUUAUUUGCUUCUGGUGGUUGUGGAGACAAAUCAAAAAACUUUUGAAGAAAUUCAGGCUGAUAUUGAACAUCACAAGCCUGGGAACGUUUUCAGAAAGAGAAGGGGGGCUUAGAAAAAAGCAUUUCUUUCAAAAUAUUUACACAUUUCGUUACAAAUUUAUAACUCAAUAAAGAGUAGUUUGAUUUUGA